AUGUCCAAAGCCCCACCGUGCCGCACAGUGCCCGGUCUUCUCUUCUUCACUCCCACAGCUCUCUUUGCCGCCGGCCGAUUCUUCCCGUCCUCUUUCAUCUACCAACCUCAUCCAUAUGAUCGUACUCUUGUCCUUGAUCACCGUCGUCCCACUAGCAUUUUAUUCUCCCCUUCUCACAUACCUUCACUCUCCAAGUAUGGCUAUCGAACGACAAAGGAACAAUCCGCUCUCACACCUUUCUCUUCCACCACUCGUGAGCAGCCAGGUGGCCCACCUUCAUCGUCACUCGGGCGGAACAAGUCCCAUUUCAUAUUCUGGAACGUUCAGCCAUUUCCAGCGCACAAAAUGACUUCCCCUCACACGUCCGACGAUCUCCGCCCUCUUUUAUCGUCGCCACCGUCAGGGCACCCUAAUAUCUCCUAUGGGACUCCGAUCCUACAUAACGUCAGUUACUCGCCACGGGGCCUUAACCAUACGACCCUUCAAGCCCCACCCAUCCGUAAGUCAUUCCUACCAAAUAAUCGUCCCUUGGGAAACUCGCUACCAAAAGCAGUCUUCGACUGA